AGCCAUGGUACACGUACAACUGGACUUUUCGGCGAUACCAAAGCUAAAAAGUCGUGAAAAUUACGUGCUCUGGCGAAUGGUUCUGCGCAAUUAUUUAGAAGCUAACGAUCUUUGGCUUCACGGCCAACCAAAAAAUACUCCCCACGCCCGCUUCAUAAUUUUGACAACAGUGGAGAGUUUUCUGGUGUUACCAGAGUUUGAUCACUACACCGCCUCAGAAAUACUUAUUUAUUUUACUAGUGCUUUCGAUUGACCGUUUCAAAUUAAACUAAAAUAGGAAAUUGUUUGUAAACACAGUAUCUUGCAUUUUUCAAUAAAAAAAAGGUACGAAUUUGAUUUA